GAUACUUGGAAUGUUUCAUUGAAAAUUGGGUUUUAGCUGUUAUGUUAAUUUUCUGUUUUAUAACAAUUUUGUAUCAUUUUAGUAAGUUAGCAAUUCAUUAAUUUGUGCUUCCUUUCCUCAAAAUCGCCGUCCCCCAACCCUCCCAAAUUCUCGACGAGCAAGGAGGGAUUCGUGAUGGCAGCUUAAUCGAGAAGGCAUCACGGGACCAGCGGCGUGUGAAGAAGAGCAAUCUGCUGCUCUAAGUUAAAUCCUUCCAUUGUCAGGCGCUCAAUCGGAUUCAAUGUAAACGAAGGAAAAACGAAUUUUUUAUAGUUCUGCAGAAUUUAAAGGUGUCAUUUUUGCUGUUUUGCACGAUAUAAGUUGGAGUCUGUAACGAAACGGCCCCUUGUUGAGAAACCUUGGCCAUAUCUGACAUGGUUUUUAGUUCCGUCUUUGAUGUCGGAACUCUGAGAAAAGAAUUUGAGAAUGCGGGGAUAAGCUCACAGUUCAUUCCCAUCAUCUGGAAGCAUGUUCGCCAGAAGCCUAACAGCGAGCUUGAUGAGGUCCCUUCACUCCCAGCUCCAGCUUACCCAAUCCUUAGGUCUAAGUUUAAAGUGAUGACCUCGUCUCUCAUCUCCGCCACGGAUUCGAUGGAUGGGCUUACUACCAAGCUGCUUAUCCGUCUCCAGAAAGGAAAUUUGGUGGAAGCAGUGAUUAUGCGGUAUGACCCUAGACUUGGGAAGUAUGAUGGAAAACCUCGUCCUGGCGGUCAAAGAUCAACUCUUUGUGUUUCGUCACAGGUGGGCUGCAAGAUGGCUUGUAAAUUUUGUGCAACUGGGACCAUGGGUUUUAAAAAUAAUUUGUCUUCUGGAGAGAUUGUUGAACAGCUAGUCCUUGCAUCUCGCUUCUCAGAUAUACGCAAUGUUGUUUUCAUGGGAAUGGGAGAGCCAUUAAACAAUUUUACCGCUGUAGUGGAAGCUAUCCAAAUCAUGAUGGGAUCCCCAUUUCAGCUAUCACCUAAAAGAAUUACUGUGUCAACUGUAGACCAUUUAGUGCUCAGGUGGCAAAGUGUUGAAACUUUAUUGUCCGGAUUAUAUGAAAUAAUUAAGGUUGGGAUCAUACAUUCCAUCAACAAGUUUCAUGACACGCUCCCGAAUGUUAACCUCGCCGUAUCACUGCAUGCACCAGAUCAGGAUAUCCGGUGUCAGAUAAUGCCUUCUGCGAGAGCUUUUCCUCUUGGAAGGCUUAUGGAAGCCCUUCGAGCCUAUCAAGAAAAAAGUCAACAGAAAAUCUUCAUCGAGUACAUUAUGCUUGACGGCGUAAAUGAUCUUGAGCGGCAUGCACACCAGCUUGGCAAACUGUUGCAGACACUUGAAGUGGUCGUGAAUUUGAUUCCUUUCAAUCCAAUUGGCACUUUCAGCAGCUUCAGAGCUAGCACGCAACAAAACGUCAAGCUUUUCCAGAAAGUGCUCAGAGGCAGCUACAAUAUCCGAACCACCAUACGGCAGCAAAUGGGCGAAGACAUAUCCGGUGCUUGCGGCCAGCUUGUGGUGAACCUUUCAGAACAGAGAUCUACUGGCAAUGAAAGGCUUUUGGCUGACAUUGAAGAUCUUCAUAUUUAAGCAUAUGGAGUUUGAAGAUUUUCCGCCUGUCUGUAAGUAGUAGUGACUCGGAUUAUCUGUAUAUUUACAAUUUUUGUGAAUUUUAUCCUGUUUGAAAACUUGAAUUUGCAGGCAUUGCGAAUUGAAAUUUUGUGCUUCUCACAACAUGGAACUGGGUUAAUUUUCUUAAUGAUAAAACUUGAACUUGCAGACAUUUUCUUUAGCCAACUUGAACGUCUUCAGCUAGCAUGAAACCAUUUGUUUUAUGAUCCUAGUAUGAAUUUUUUAAAGGGGGUGAUAAGAACUUAGGAAACUUGAAACGCAC